AUGGCUAACCGUGCAUUAUCUAGAACUGUGGUUUUUUUAGACAAGCGUAUAACUUCUGUGCCUAGCAGUGUCUAUUAUGAAAGGCUUUUAAAAGGAGGGCGCGUGAAAGAGAUUUUCUUCACGAAAAAUACCACAUCGCAAGAGAUGGGAGGUAAAAUACUGGAUUGCUUUCCUUCCCUGGCUGGAAGCGACCUUAGUCGGUGGGUAUUCCAAUAAUAUACUUUUAGUUAGAACUAGUAUCACGCUUUUGGAACAGUACAGGGGGAAUCAAGCGGUCAGAUCGUUUCGUUUCGGGGCCGGUAUAGUGCAUGUAGUGAGAUCGUUCCACUUAUAACGAGUCAAGUACAGUUUUCUCAAUGUGUAUUAUAAGGCCGAAAGAAGAACAUCGUCUUUCCUAACGACCACACAUCCUGGAUAGAACUCUUUUUAUUCUGUGAAAUCAUUUAUUCGUUGUUGCUCGUAUUUUUGAGUUGACACGUUUGUGCAAGAAAACAGACUUCACCUAGAGUCAACACUCUUAUUAGGCCUGCGCGCGAGAAUUGUCUUGUUCGCACUUUGCAGUGAAAUAAAACACACGUUUUAUCGAUCUUGAAAACGGUUCCGACCACUACUCAGCAAAAUCAAUCAAAUAUUGCUGAACCCAUUAACAAAACUUCUCAUUGCCUUCAUCGUUAUUGAUCGAAACGCUGCUUUCUCUGGUUAAUCGGUUAGUCGGUCUUAAUCGAUCUUCGGGUUUGGAUUUUUUGGGUCGUUCUCUACAAUCCUCUAUAUCAGGUAAAUGCAGAUAUUGGCAAAAUAUUGUAGUCCACGGUCAAACAACAGUGAUUAAUAGAAUAAUAGAUUAAUAGAAUCACAGCAGUUUUUUUUGUCAUUCCAAUACGGGACGUUUUUUUACUACUACCGGCUGUUCAUUCAGAAAACUUAAAACUGGCAGGGUGCAGAGUAAACCCUUCGGGGUAUUUUGAGGGCGUAUUUCAGGGACGCGGAUUGCUUUACUUGCGCACGCGCACAACAUACCGUUAAUAACAUUUCAUAUCUACAAUAGUUCAACACGUCCUUGACGUUGAAAGGAGCCAGCGACUUAUUUAUUCGGCGAUUGGCGACGAGGGUCAUGCAUAUCAAGUCCACGCAUAUUGAUCAUAGAAUAUGACUGGCUUUCUUUUUAGGAAGAGAGUCGACUAGACUGAGCAACACUAUCGCGCGCUUACAAAGCCUUAGCUUCAAACGGUUGUUCCAGUUGGCUCAGGAACUAGAUAGAACUUAGAAGUUUUUUUUGUCUUUUCAUACUUUUUUACUUUAACACAUUGCCAUAUCAUUUCUGUCUGCUUCAAGAAGAUUCGUAUUCUUUGUUUUCAGACUUGAGUUCAUAGCGUCCUAUUCGAAGGGCCAUUCCAUGGCUACGGUGGCAACAGGACUCCAGGACGGCUGUAAAGUAGUGGAGCUGUUUGGGGGAGCCAGGAAAAAGAAAGUGUUUAUAUACCUUCCUUCUGGUAAGAAAAUUUCUAUCGAGCUGAUCGCAGAGGAAAAGCUAUAUUCCCCUUUUUGAAGUCAGUAAUAUCCAUCCCCUCUGUACAAUCUUUUGCCACAGCUCGAGCUACCUCUACAAAACAAGAAACAUCCCAACAUUGAAUGGAGAAGACAGGGGAUGGGUGUGGAUUCUUUUGUUCUGUGGAGUUAAACUAUUUGAGUACAAUGUCUCAACAAUUUUGCCGACGAUUGUCUGAAUCGUAAAAGUUGCCGUCCUGAAUAAAAUUAAUUUGACUCAUGCUGGAAUCAAAACCCCUGGUGGCUUUUUUAUUUGCUGUGUUUGACAUCAACAUGUCUAUUUUAGGACAAUAUUACGGUAUGGCUAUUUCGUUAUGCAAGUGCAUCAAUUUAAUUGCAGUUGAUUGUUCCCUUUCAGCAUCACAAACAAGGUCAUCCUCUACCCUUACCUCUACAUCUUCUACAUUGUCAUCAGCCGCGUCUUCUAUUUCAACAUCCACAUCAACUCCAGUUACAUUUUCCUUGCCAAUGUCUUCAACAGCACCAGCGUCAUAUCACACCCAGACAUUUACAUUACCACCAUCCAUAUCAUCCAUUUCUGCCUCCACCUCCACAGUGCCACUUAUGUCAUCCUCCACCUCCACCUCUACAGUGCCACCCAUGCCAUUUUCUGCCUACAACUCCACAGUGUCACUUAUGUCGUCCUCCACCUCAACCUCCAUGUUGCCACUUAUGUUAUCCUCUACCGCCACUUCCACAGUGCCACCCAUGUCAUCUUCCACGUCCACCUCCACAUUGCCACUUAUGUCAUCCUCUACCUCCACCUUCACGGUACCACUUGUGUUAUCAUCCACCUCCACAGUGCCAUCCUUGUCAUCUUCUACCUCCACCUCCACUUCCCCAGUGCCGCGCAUUCCAACUUCUGUCUCCAUUUCCAUCUCCUCAGUGCCGCCCAUGUCUUCCUCUAUUUCCAUACCCACCUUUGCAGUGCCACCCAUGUCAUCUUCUCCCUAUACCUCCACUUCCUCAGUGCCAUGCAUGUCAUCUUCUGUCUCCACCUCUUCAGUGACACCCAUGUCUUCUUCUAUCUCCACAUCCACCUUUACAGUGCCACUUAUUUCUUCUCCUACAUUCACUUCCACGGUGACACCUGUAUCUUCUACCUCCACUCCCACAUUGCCACCUGUGUCAGCCUCAGGGAUCCUAAUAGAUCUUACCACACCACCCUCUAGUGGAGGUAAGUAAAGUCCAUGAAUGUUUUAAUAUGCUAGGCUCAAAUAAUUUGACCAAACAAUUAUUGUUUUAACAGUAUUAAUGAUGUGUAGCUCAAAUUCUGAAGUCAAUCAUUCCCAGGAUUUGCUUGGUUGAACAUGUUAAAUGGCACCAGGCCAAGGGCAUCAACACCUUUUAGUUUUUCGGCAACGCCCUGGAUAAAUAUCAUGUCUUGAAAAUGUGUUUUUGCAAUAUAUAUUUUAAUCCACUGAGUAGUGGUAAUUAAUAACAGCUGGCAGUGUACAUUUACAUCUAGGCUUGAGUUGAUCUCUUUAUUCACACAUGUAUGUGUUUCCCCAGAUACUAUAAAAAGUUGCAGGCACUGUAUGUGUCUAUAGUCCUCCCAUUCAAAAAAUUCUUAAACUUAGAAGCUGGCGGACAUUGAAAUCUUCCUGACACUGAAUGAAAUGUGGAAGGAAAAAUUAUACACCUGGUUUAAAGACUACAAUUUAUUGGCCAUCCUUGGCAAUUGUAUUGCCAACCACAAGGGUUCUGUAUUGGCUAUUAAAACAAAAUAGGUUAACGGGCUUUUUAAAUUCAAAAAGCACGAAUACCGUUGUUUUUAUGUUUCCCUUGUGUUGUUAUAUGACUAUUAAUUAUUAUUUUUAUUUCCUUUGACAUUAUUAUUUUCACACCAUGUUGUGCACAUGUUUCAUGUUUUCUUCUUUUUACUUUAAUUUUAAGCCUCCACCCGAAGGUAUUUGACAGCUAUAGCAAGCAGGGCAGGAACAUCAUUUGGUAUGUCUAACCCCUUGAAUAUUUUUACUGGUGUAAAGGACUUGAAGUUUCUUGAGGUUUUUCUAUGAAUAAAAAACACUUGUAACAUGUACUGAUAAUCAUGAUGAUUAUGUGUUCAGCAGAUGAUACAGACGAGGAUGAUUUCAUAGACUUAGAUUCCCCUGGAGAGGAAGAUGAAGGUGCAGGUGAGAAGAAAACACUUAUGUUUAGCUACAGUGUAUAGAGUUUAUGAUAUCACAAUGAGAUCGUGACUGUACAUGUCGUUUGCUUAAUGGUGUACAUAAGGAUAUAUGAGAAAAAUCAUUACACAAUAUCAUGUGCUUAUUGAAACAUUCUAAUGGGUAUCAAAAUUAUUGUAAUCAAAUUUAGAGGCCAAUUCAUGUCAUAGUUUGUUUGUAACACACUAAGCUAAAUUUUUAACUUUUAACUUUGACAUCACAGGUGUCGACACCAGCUGCUUUGGAGAUGAGCUACCACUCGACACCAGCAACUUCAGAGAGCUACCAGUCUGUAAGUUUCAUGUCAAAGUACAUAAUUACACAUAGUAAUGCAUUGUUCUCGACUCAAACUACCAUAUUUGUCAUAGUUCUUUUCUCUAGUGUUUCUCUUUUAAAAACGGUGUUUAGGAAAUUUAAAAAGGAAUGGGAAGUUUUUGUCACUGCUAAUACUGUUCGUUAAGUUGUUAGUUGCUGUAAGUAAUUGUGUGCUAAUGUAAGAACUGUAAUAAAUUACCAAAAUAAAGUCAUCAGAAAUAUUUGUGACAAACUGUGUCAUGGCAUUUUCUGUCAUCUCUUUAAAUUACUAUUUAGGUGGAUAUGUGUUUGAUGAUCUCUCCACCGCAGGGGUUGUGACAGGUACUGUUACAUUCUUCUGUAGAUUCAUUAGUUAACAGUGAUAGUAUUAAUUAUCAACAUUGCUUGUGAUGCCAUUCCCUAUUAGCCAAAUACUGUAAGUCCACCCUUCUUAUUCACCAAUUUCAAAGGCUAUUGGACAGUUAUUAGACUAAGGUGUGUAAGGAUGGUUAUAUAUUUUUUAUUUGAAAAUGAUAUGGCAAUCACUAUUAAUUAGGUGUAUGAAUGAAAACACAAGAUGGUAUAAUGUUAUUUAAUGCCCGCUGAUAAAUUGUUUCUGGGUGGUUCACUCACUGCUUAUAAUGUUAAAAUCACAGAUGAUGCCAGCAUUGUCAGUAGAACGUCUGAGGUUCUACAAUGCAUCAACUCCUUGGAAAGAGUGUGUGGAGAGAUGGCUCAACUCCCAUUCCUUACGCAUACCUUUGAAGAGGUAGGCUGUUGA